CCAGGGUGUCCUGUGUCCUGCCGUCGCUCUUCGUGUAUGCUGCAAGUCUCCGUGCCCGCCGGCGCAUCUGCCGGGGACAGCUUCCCGGUAAUAGAUCCGGCAACUCAGGUGCAGUUUGAUGCGGUCGUGCCGAAAGGACUCGGGCCGGGCGACACGUUUAAUGUCUCGCCGCCGGGCGGAGGCGGCGGCGGCGGCGGCUCGAGCAGCUCGCCGCCGGUGGCGAUGGCGGCGCCUGCACCUCAGCUGUUGACUGUGGCGGUGCCGUCCGGUGUCGCCGGCGGGCAAAUGAUGCAGGUCGCGACGCCGGGCGGUCUCAUGAAUGUGAUGGUUCCGUCAGGCCUGGUGGAGGGCCAGUCGUUCACCUUUGAGGUGCCGGCCGCGCCUCCGCCCGCGGUGGCGCAGCCGGUCGUCGCGCAGCCCGCGGUGGCGCAGGGCUUUGCGGGCGCGCCCCAGCAGUACGCGCCCGCGCAGCAGUACGCGCCGGCGCAGAUGCAGUACCCGCCGCAGCCGCAGUACCCGCCGGCGCCGCAGACCGAGGUGCACCACGUGUACCACGAUGGCCCGCCGGAGAUGUGCAUCGACCGCAGCGACCCUGAGUACAUCGACGCCUUCCAAGUCGCCGGAUGCUGGUGCGGUUCCUCACCGAUGUGUGCCGGCUGCUUCCCGGGCUGUGAGCAGUUCCGAGGCCCUCUCGCCGGGAAGAGAUCAAGACGGGCGAGUGCAUGUGCUGCCUCGGCGUGCUCCCCGCGUGCAACGACGUCUACCCGAUCUGGGGCCGCGUCGGACCCCGCAUCUUUCGCCACCCCCACCUCGGCGAGAUGCACUUUAACGGCACCAACAAGAUGCACGACACUUGCCACUGCAAGAUCUGCUGAGCGCCGUUGGCCGACGGCCGCGGCGGCUUGGCCGACUGUCCUUUCCCGCUCUUUGUCGUUCUCGGAGCCGCCAGCGCGUGAGGCGCGCGACUCUCCGACAUAAUGCUGUGGAGGGCAAAAGCGCGUGUGUGUGGGCAACGGCGAUCGUUCAUUACCAGAUGUAGAGUCGCGGCCAGUCGAUAGUAGAGGUUGCUUGCUCGAGCUUGCUUGCGUUAGCUUUCGAUCGCGAUACGGCUUUAGCAUUAGAGCUCUAGGGGGGUCACGGGGAGGAGCGAACUCCUCGGAAGUGUGAGUGAGCUACGUACUAUGCAUGUAAGGACUGAGCUCUGAGGUGUGUGCUCUC